AACUAGAAAUGCUUGCGAGGGGUCAGUCAUAAACGAAUAAAUUAUAAUACACUCAAAGACAUGAAUGGAAAACUAUGGAACCACAAGCGAUUUGAAGACUGGUGUGGUGGCCAUGUGAAACAAUACACAAGCAGACAUUUUAUUAUUGCCAAUGCAUUGUCGAUUAGAGAGAGAGACCCUUUCUGUAUUGAUACGAUGCGACAUUGCCCACUUCGGGCCAUGUGCCCAAUUCUCAGGGGUACAAUCGUCACUUCUUUUGAAUCCUUUGCUUUACCAAUUAAUUUAUUUAAGCUUUUCAGGAGAUCUGAGAAGCGAAGAAAGCAAGUACACCCAAUCAAGAGAGAGAGAGAGAGAUGGGAGUCAUGGGUUUGAGCAGCAUGAUAAUGGUGGUGGCGAUAGUGUUAUUAGGACAGGAGAUUGGUAAAGUGUCGUCGACUCUAUACAAAGUUGGGGACUUGGACGCAUGGGGUAUCCCAGUUGAUGCUAAAGUCUACUCCAAAUGGCCCAAAUCUCACUCUUUCAAGAUCGGUGACUCCCUCUUGUUCUUGUACCCACCAAGCGAAGACUCACUGAUUCAAGUGACAGCCUCCAAUUUCAAGAGCUGCAACACCAAAGACCCGAUCUUGUACAUGAACGACGGCAACUCUCUCUUCAACCUCACCCAAAACGGAACUUUAUACUUCACAAGUGCACAUCCCGGCCACUGUUCCAAGUACCAGAAGCUCCUCGUCUCCGUCGGAACCUACUCCGCCGAAGCAGAGGCCUUGUCUCCGUCGUCUUCUGCCGACGCUCCCUCUUACCAAAACGCCUUCGGGUCGAUUCCUCUCUCUCAGAAAUCGUCGUCGUCAUCGCUCAUUUCGGCUUUCUCCAUUGUCUUUGCUUCGCUGGCUUGCGCUGUCGUCGGUGCAAUCAUGUGAAAUUGAUUUUUUUUUUGUUUGAAUUAUUAUUAUUUUUUUUGGUCUAAAGAGAGAAAAAAAUGAUUGGUUCUUUUUCUUAUUAAUUAUUAUAUAUACACACACACCUUCUGCCUCCUUUUAAACCUUUAUACAAUCUCGGCAAUUUAAAUU